AUGGAGCCGAGCCGGGAGGAGAUGGCCGGCAUGGACUCCCUGGACAAGGUCGUGGCGUGGGUUGGGCUCACGGAGCCGCAGAAGCAGGGCCUCUGCACCGCCUUGCAGGCGACCGGUGUUGAGCACCCACGCGUCCUGGGAAGCAUGCCUAAUGAGGAGUUCACGUCCGCAGUCGACGCCAUCAGGAUCGACGAGGCCCCCCUUGGCCUGCUCCCGAGGCGGGCGGUACUCUUGGUAGGCCACAUCAGUCAGCUCCUGGCGGGCACCGCUCUUACGCGCGAGGAGCUGGCAAAGCAGGUCGCGGACGCGGAGGCCGGCCGGCAGUCGCAAGACGCUGCCGCUGCACAGGCACUCAAGGCUGCCACUGCGGCCACCCACGACGCCCGCGCGGCGGCGGAGGCGGCGGCUAAGGCAGCGGCCGCCGGGUCGCAGGCCUCGUUGGCGCCCUCGGCUGCAGCCCCCGGCAUAACGGUCAUCAACCAGACCUCCAAGCAAAUCGUCAAGAGGGUCGACGAGACGGUGGUCAAGCAGCACUACGAGAACUUCCGCGCGCAGAUUGGCAAGCCCCCCGAGCCGUACCAAGAGCUCACCGAGGACCAGAUCACUGGGGCAAAGCAUGUCAUCGACACUUGCACCGCCCCGUACCUGGAUUUCGGCGUCUUCGGGCCGAACGGACACCGCUUGCUGCGGCGUAUGCGAUUCAUAGGUUUGGUCAACACCUCCGAUGGCCGCACGAGGGUGGACGAGAUCCUCGGCCCCGGGGAUCUGGCUACCUGGGACGAGUCUUAUGAGAUGCUUCAGACCGCCUUCCUCGGUUUCCGCACCGUGGAGAUAGGUAAUCUUCUCACCUACCGCAGGAAGCUCGCCUACUUCAACAACCUGUACGGGGCGGACGUCUGGAGCCUCCUGUAUCAGGCCGACGUCCGGUGCCGGCUCGAGCACAUGCCCCGCCUGCGGCGCAAGCUUGAGCAGGACUUCGCCGCGGCUUCCUCGGCCGGGAAGCAGGCGGCCGUCCCGUAUAAUCCUGAUAAGCCUUGGGACUCUGUCUGGGCGGCCGCGGCCGCCGACGCCACGUUCUGGCUGGACAACUUCGAGCGGCCGGCCCACCUCAUCGUCAUCAGGGCGCAGCCGUUGAGCCAGCACGUGGGCGGCGACGCCCCCGUCGCCCCGCCCGGCAGCGGACACCUGGUCACAGCGUCGGAGGGCCCCGCGCAGCACGCCCGAGCCCCGCGGGGAGCCAAGCGGCCGGCGGGCUCAGACGCGGAGCCGGAGCAACGGACGCGCCCGCGCCCCCAGGACAAGGUCCACGACGUCUGUGACAACCACUUCGUCAAGAACAGGCCGGUAGCUACGGCCUUCGCUUCCAGACCGGCGGAAGAUCCACCUGACGGCCGCGGGCUGAAGUUUCUCAUCGCUUUCUACGGAGAUGGAGGCAGACCGGACGGCUUGGACACCUACCUCCGGACCGCCGGCGCCGAGGUGGAUUUCCUCGACACCCGCAUCGAACCCAAGCUGCACAACCUCGCGGAGGAUUACAUAUAUAUGAAGAUCCUCGCGAGAGCAGAAUCUGGUGAGUACGAUGGGGGCUUGGUUGCGCCCCCAGCCUCCAGCUUCCUCGCGAUGCGUGGCCAGGCGGGACCUGGGCAGGCCCAGCUUCUCCGGGGCCCCGACGUCCCCGACUUGUGCGGCCUUCCCUCUCUGAGGCCGCAGGAGAAGGAGAAAGUUCGAAUGGGCACUCUCCUGGGGAUUCGGGCAGCGCGCCUCGUGGCGUGCAUCGGCCACGACGGGCGCCCGGCAAGCCUGGGGCAGCCUGCGGCCGAGGCAGGCCAGCCGAGCAUGCUGAACCUCCCCGCGGUCGUCGAGCUGCUGAACAUCCCCAACGCCUCAGAUUCGACGCUCCCUCUGUGUGCCGAGGGAUCAGAUCAGGAGACGUGGUUUACCUUCCGCGGGUCGCUUGACCUGGGGCCCGUCCCAGGUCGAGCCAUCGCGUGUCCGGCGGACCUCAAUCGACGCGUCGCUGACGGGCUGCUGCGCCAGGGCCGCGACAAGGCGGCGGAACGCCGACAAGUCCGCAGCCUCGCCCGCGAGCCGUCGCAUGCCGGCGCUGCGAUGCAACACAGUGGAAGCAAACGUCCAGCGACCAAUGCCGCCGUGAGCGCAGCCGCGCCGCUGCGCGCCCGGGUCGCUUUCAGCCAGCCGCUGCGCGGGUGCGCCGACAACCCGGCCGAGCGGCGGGAACGCGAGGAUCAGUCGUGCAGCGCGGGCAUGCGCGACACCGCUGGCGCCGUCGGCCGCGUUCCGGGCCACCUACAGCUCGGCCCCCUCCUCUUCCGCCUCUUCGCCCGCGCCCUGGACGAGAACCCGGGGAUGCAGGCGAGGAUCUUGCGAGCUGUGUCAGGCGGGCACGACAAGGAUAUCGACCCCAGCACACUGGGAGCUACGGAGCAGGAUCUGGAGGUUCCUCGCCGGUGGCUCCAGCAGGUGUUAAGAGCUUCGCACUCGGGCCCCGUGGACGCGAACGGUUGCACAUCCCCCACCCGUGCUGAGCUCCUCAGCCGAUGGGGCGCCGCUGCAGGGGAUCCUGGCGCAGGCGCGGCCGGGUGGGUCAUCAGCGGCGCGCCGGCCGGCCGCGAGGAGUUCGCCAACUAUCGCAGCUUCGACGAGGGCGCCCUCGCCGCCGAGGAGGUGUUCCAGUUCGUCGAGAAGGGGCACCUCGCGCCCUUCGCCUCGAUCGACGCUGCCCGGGCAUGCCUGGGCAGGGCGGAGAGCCCGCGCUGUCCAGAUUUGCGGCUCAUGCUGGACCUUCGCCAGUCUAGCAUCUCGGGGGCCACUCGGCGAACCCACAGGGCGGUGCUCCCGCGCGGCGCCGACACCGUCCGCGACAUGCUUCUCCUGCUCGCGGAGAGCCGGCAGGGGAUGACGACAGAAGCCCCUGCCGAGGGCGAUAUCGGCGUGGAGCGGUUCGUCAUUGACUUUGUUGAUGCCUUCUGGCAGGUGCCGCUUCGCCCCAAGGAGCGCCGCUAUUACGUCGGGAGGUGCCGAGGCCAGUAUUUGGUCUACACUCGGGCCGCGCAAGGGUCCCGAAACGGCCCCUUGAAUUGGGCAUGCGUGGCUUCCCUGGCCAUGCGCUGCGCGCAGUUUCUCUUUUUCCCGGCCGCCGAGGGCGGUGGCCCCCGGGCACGUUCGGAGCUGUAUGUGGACGACCCGAACACGUCCAUCAGAGGCGAUGCCGCCUCGCGUGAUCGUACCGUCUCCGUGUUCGUUCUCGCUCUGCAGACGCUGGGGUUCCCGCUGGCUUUCCGCAAGGUCCAGCGAGGUACGUCCGUCAGUUGGAUCGGCUGUGACUUCGUCGUCGCUCUGGACAAGGUGACCACCACCAUUUCCGCGGAGAAGGUGGCGGAGUUCAACGACAUCCUCAUCAAAAUCCUGUCGUCCAACGUCGUGGCGGUCGCCACCGUCAGGUCGUUCGUCGGCCUGGCCUCGCAUUUCUCCACCGUCAUCUACGUCCUGCGGCCGUUCUUGAAUGAGAUCUGGGGGGCAUUGCAGGGAAACACCGGACCUGGCGCCCCCAGCAAUUGCAUCUGGGUCAAGCAGGUCGCCAAUGCGUUGUCCUAA